GUGAGACAGAGGCACUGAAAGAGGGAGAGAAAGACAAACUGAGAUAAGAAAUAACAGGAGUAAACUGAUCAGCCAUUCAAUAUGAUCAUGGUUGAUCUUCCGUCUUAACUCCACUUUCCCACCCACUCCCCAUUUUGCUUGAUUCCCUCGGAGAUCAAAAAUCUGUUAAUGUCAACCUUAAAUUCACUCAAUAAUGUAGCAUCCACAACCCUUUGGAGUAGAGAAUUCCAAAGAUUUACAACAGUCUAGAAUGAAGAAAUUUCUUAUCUCAGUCCUAAAUGAUUGACCCUGUAUUCUGAGACUGUUCCCCUGCCAGAGAAACACCUCUUAGUGCCUACCCUGUCAAGUCCCUUCACAAUCUUGUAUGUUUAAAUGAGAUCACCUCUCAUUUUUCUAAAUUCUUGAGAAUAUAGACCCAAUUUACUCAGCCUUUCCAUUUAGAACAACGCUCUCAUCCCAAAGAGCAAUCUAGUGAACUUUCAUUGCACUCUCUGUAAGUUUUAAGGAAAAUGCUGACCAUGCUGAGGCUCUCGGUUGUUUUUCCAGUAGGAGUGUUGCUUGUGAGGACUAUGGCGUGGACUUCCUCUGGAAACUCGCAAUCACAGCUAGUCCAGAAUCUUAGAAAAAAUGGUGUGAUUCACUCUCCACGAGUGUUUGAGGCUAUGAUGGCUACAGACCGGGCCCUAUACUGCAGCACUAACUCGUACAUGGAUUCCCCACAGCCUAUUGGUUACCAGGCGACUAUUAGUGCACCCCACAUGCACGCACAUGCGCUGGAAUGUCUGAAUAAUCAUCUGCAUGAAGGGGCUCAUGCUCUGGAUGUGGGAUCAGGAAGUGGCUACCUGACUGCCUGCAUGGCCAGAAUGGUGGGUCCAACAGGGAUGGUGGUCGGAAUCGAUCACAUCCCGGAAUUGGUGGAACAAUCUAUUCACAAUGUGCAGUCGGACAAUUCUACACUGCUCAGCUCGAACCGGCUCACACUGAUUGUGGGAGAUGGCCGGCUUGGGUACCCAGAUGGAGCGCCCUAUGAUGCCAUUCAUGUGGGUGCGGCUGCAGUUGUAGUUCCUCAGAACUUGUUGCAUCAGCUGAAGCCUGGUGGUCGUAUGGUUGUGCCGGUUGGCGAGAACGGAAGAAGCCAGUCAUUGCAGCAGUUUGACAAGAUGUGGGAUGGAACCAUCACCCGCACAACACUGAUGGGAGUGAUAUAUGUCCCCUUAACUGACCGGGAGAGGCAGUUAAGAGGUGACCUUUGAAGAAACUGAAGCAGAUUCUUGCCAACACUGACCUGAAGAGAGCUGGCCUUAUGCAAUGGACCCAUGUUGUGUUUAGAUGUCAACACCACUCACACUAUGUAACCAUCAAAGCUUGGCCUUGGGUUUGGACUGUGAUGGGAGGAGGUGAGAUUUUCGGCUGGAUGUCGGUGAACAAGUUUUAAUGGGGUUGGCCAGUAUCUGUUGGUGUGAAUGUAGAACAUACCAAUGUCUCAGUGCUGUGAUCAUGGAAUCUGCAAUAAAACAUUGCUCAACUCA